AUGUACGUGAUGAAGUGUAGCCGAGAUGGUAGUUUUGAGGAGGGAGAAGUGAACCCAUAUGGUAAUAUCCAACUCAGCCCUUCUGCGGGCGUCUUGAACUAUGGACAGGGAUUAUUUGAAGGCUUGAAGUCGUAUAGAAAAGAAGACGGCGGGGUGCUCCUGUUCCGCCCAGAGCUGAAUGCAAAGAGAAUGAUGAUGGGAGCAGAAAGAAUGUGCAUGCCUUGCCCUUCCCUUCACCAGUUCGUUGAAGCCGUGAAACAAACUGCCCUCGCCAACAAACGCUGGGUGCCGCCUCAUGGUAAAGGGACACUGUACAUGAGGCCAAUGCUCCUGGGAACUGGUGCGGUUCUAGGUCUUGCUCCGGCCCCCGAGUACACGUUCCUCGUUUACGCUUCCCCUGUCAGCGACGACUACUUCAAGGGCAGUGGAGGGUUGAACUUGUACGUGGAGGAAGAGUAUGAUCGCUCUGCUCGCUUGGGGACUGGAGGAGUUAAAUCAAUCUGCAAUUACGCCCCUGCUUUGAAAGCUAUGGGCAGGGCAAAAAGCAGGGGAUUUUCGGAUGUCCUGUAUCUCGACUCUGUGGAGAAGAAGAAUCUGGAAGAAGCAUCUGCAUGCAAUGUUUUCGUUGUCAAGGGGAAUGUUAUUUCAACACCUGCUGCCAGGGGAACCAUUCUACCCGGUGUCACUCGGAAAUCCAUCAUUGAAAUUGCCCGUGACCACGGCUACCAGGUUGAAGAAGGUGUUGUUCCAGUGGAUCAACUUCUGGACGCGGAUGAAGUUUUCUGUACUGGCACUGCCGUUGUUGUCGCGCCUGUGGACACCAUCACAUAUCGAGAUCAAAGGGUACAAUACAAAACAGGGGUUGGAUCGGUGACGUCGGAAUUGUAUUCCACUCUAGUGGGGAUUCAAAGAGGCGUUGUUGAGGACAAGAAAGGCUGGACCGUCGAGAUUAGUUGA